UAAGGAUUUCCGAUCUGAAUUAUCAUCCCUUCAACAGACGGUUAACAAGUCUGUAUCCAACAAUAAGGAUUUCCGGUCAGAAUUAUCGAAGCUUCGACAUACUGUCAACAAAACCGUCUCGGACAAUAAGGAGUUCCAAUCAGAAUUAUCAUCCCUUCAACAAUCAGUAAACAGAACCGUAUCCAACAAUAAGGAUUUCCAGUCAGAACUGUCAAACCUUCGAGCGACAGUUCAUAGGUCAGCCUCAGACACUGGAAACGUCCGGGCAGAGUUAACGACACUUCGUCAAACAGUUAAUGAGACAGUUUUGAAAACGGAUGACUUGAGGUCAGAUUUCUCAUCUCUUCGUCAGAAAUUUAAACAGAGAGGAAUUUCCAUUAUGCAUAAUCGCCAGAGUCUGCAUAGUUUACACACGGACCUCCUUACUCUACGGGCACGUGUGAACAGGACUGACCUGAACGUUGACGACCUGGAGGCCGAACUAGCUGACUUACGUGUGUCCCUCCAAACAGCAGCUUCGGAUUUACAAGCAGAGAGAGACAUCAUUCAGAGUCUCCAGAACGACGUUAGUGUAUUAAGGACAGACAUAAAUACGACCAGUUCGGAAACUGCACAUGUUAGGUCAGAGCUAUCAACGCUUAGUGUGCUAUUCAGCAGAACGGAUUCGGCAGCUGCUGAGAAUACAGAAAGAAUACUAAGUCUUCAACGAGACUCUGAUUUGAUACAAGGAAGAAUGAACUCAUCAAUUCUGAAUUGGGAAGAAAUGAUGACCGACAUGUCAAGUUUACGGUUAACCGCUAACAACACAAAGGAUGAACUUACAACAUUCAAAGAACAAGUUCAAACAAGAUUUACUAAGUUUAGAAGAAGAACAGAUGGGUUGGGGAACAAGUUCUUAACUCUCAGUACGAACGUCAAUACAUCGAACAGCAACAUACAGGCAAACAGAAAGGACAUACAAGCGUUAAGAUCUGCAUUGUCAAUAAGUGAGCAAAGAGUGAACGAAACGGUUAUGGAUCAACUAGAGGUGAGAUCUGACCUUAGAAGAGUCAACGUUACUUUGAGUAGGGCACGGGCAAAGUUGGAGAGAGAAUUGGAGGGCAGGUUGAAAGACGUCACAGAGGAAUUAAUGUCCUUCAAAACUGACCUUUCAAAUAACACAGCUAUCAGUUCCGAAGAGUUAGCCUUCGAGAUGUCAACCCUGCGUCGCAGCUUAAACAAGACAGCCUCAUCUGUGGCCACCAAUGCAGGGGGGAUCUCACAGCUGGAGUCCAGGCUUCUGAUGAUGACGAGAACCAUCAGUGACACAGCUCAGAGUACCUCAGGCGUACAACAGGAUGUUUUUCAGCUCAGAUCAGAUGUGAAUAGAUCCACAUCUCAGUUAAAACACUUCGAGCUGACAUAGUAAAUCUACAGACGGACAUAACACGUGUGAUAUCAAACGUUAGUGGUAUUAGCAGAAACAGUGAAGACUUCGUGGCGGAGUUAGGGUCGAUUCGUGUUGGACUGAAUACCACGGCAUCGGAUGUACGAACUGCCAGGGAGGAUGCCACUCUUCUUAAUGGUAAAGUUCUUGCUAUGAGGACAAAGCUCCGCAGAACGAGACUGGAUGCUGAAGAGACUAGGUCUGAUGUGUUGGAACUUCGCCGGACAUUGAACAGGACCCACGGUCAAAUCAGAGCAACCGGUGAAGAUGUAGCUGUACUGAAGAUGGAACUGGUUCGUGUUGACGGUGAUGUCAACACCACGCUACUUGAUGGCGAGAAGAUAAAAUCAGAAGUAUCAGAUAUACAGUCGCGGAUUGUGCGGAUGGGAUCUGAUAUUGUCGUUAAUGCUCAGGAUAUCCGCACUGCCCAAUUAAAUAUUUCAACACUGUUUUCAAGUCUCAAUGGUGUACAUUCAACUUCAGCGUCGAACGAAGCGGACAUAACAUCUCUCAAAUCUACACUGUCAGAUACAGCAACAGAGGUCGCUUCUGUAACAAAAGAAGUGUCCUCAAUUUUCACCCAUCUCAACCAAUCAGACGUAAGCCUCAGAGAAAGCUCAGAAAGUAUUGAAGGUUUGAAGUCAGCCCAGAUCGUAGUGAGGAGAAGAAUUCAUGGAUUGUUGAACGACACCACUGAGAUGAAGUUGGAUCUUACAAGACUUCGACACAACUUUAACAGCACAACGGAGUCUGUGGAACGUAACAAGGAAUCGGUCCGUGGUCUGGGGUCCGAGUUGAUGGCAAUGGGGAAACUUUUACAUGCAACAAGCAAUGAUACUUAUACCAUGAAGACAGAGAUCAUGGACUUAAACACUAAGGUAAAUACAAGUCAAACUUUGCUGGACAAAACCUUCACCGCUGGUGAGACGACGAGGUUGGAAGUGCAGGGCCUUGUCUCGGAGUUGAAGGCGAUGGGUGAGAAGUUGAACAGCGGUGAGGAAGCUGCAAGUGCGGUCACAUCACGAGUUUCAAAACUCCAGCAAAGAGUGAAGAAGAACGCGGCAGAUAUCAGUGUAAACGUUCGGGCACUCACGUCCAUCAAGUCGAAUGUAGAAGAUACAGCAACAGAGAUCGCUUCUGUAACAAAAGAAGUGUCCUCAAUUUUCACCCAUCUCAACCAAUCAGACGUAAGCCUCAGAGAAAGCUCAGAAAGUAUUGAAGGUUUGAAGUCAGCCCAGGUCGUAGUGAGGAGAAGAAUUAAUGGAUUGUUGAACGACACCACUGAGAUGAAGUUGGAUCUUACAAGGCUUCGACACAACUUUAACAGCACCACGGAGUCUGUGGAACGUAACAAGAAAUCGGUCCGUGGUCUGGGGUCCGAGUUGAUGGCAAUGGGGAAACUUCUACAUUCAACAAGCAAUGAUACUUAUACCAUGAAGACAGAGAUCAUGGACUUAAACACUAAGGUAAAUACAAGUCAAACUUUGCUGGACAAAACCUUCACCGCUGGUGAGACGACGAGGUUGGAAGUGCAGGGUCUUGUCUCGGAGUUGAAGGCGAUGGGUGAGAAGUUGAACAGCGGUGAGGAAGCUGCAAGUGCGGUCAAAUCACGAGUUUCAAAACUCCAGCAAAGAGUGAAGAAGAACGCGGCUGAUAUCAGUGUAAACGCUCGGGCACUCACGUCCAUCAAGUCGAAUGUAGAAGGUGUCACCCUACUUCUGAACGGAACAAGUCGGAGCACACAAGCCAACACUGAGGAUAUAGGCAAAAUAAACUCGCAUCUACACCAGAUAGGAACACGACUCAAUGUCACAAUAUCAGACAGGGAUCGAAUAGACACGGCAGUGUUUGCUCUGACUGAAAGACUUAACAGAACUGGCAUAUCAGUUCAAGCGAACAUGGAGGAACUCCAGUACGUUCAGUCAGAACUUCGCGUUCACGGAGCAGGUAUCAACAGAACCAUACAGGCUGGGAGGACAUUGAACUCACAGGUCAGGGACCUCGCAUCCAGUUUCAACGAGACAGCACGAGAAGUCCAGACUAACAUAUAUGACAUCAAACGUAUUGAUUCAGAGGUCAAUGUAAUCAGGAAAGUUGUUGAUAAAUCUUCAGUAGAUGUGGAAGAAAUAAUUGCAGAAUUGAGGAGCACGCAGUCGAGUGUGAGGGAGACAGCCUCGGAGAUUGAUUCCAAUACUAAGAGAAUUAACUCGGUUAAAUCAGAGUUUACAGGAAAAUGGAAGAGUCUUACAAAAGGGUUAAACACCUUCCAGCUUCAACUGGCCAAUCUCCACAUGAAAGCAAAUAUUACCGAUACAAUGGUCAAGGCCAACGCCGAUAACAUAAGUACUUUAAUCGAUGACCUGGACGACGUGAGGACCAACUACACCCAAACAGCGGCGGACACAGAAACAGUCCAGUCAGAAUUAUCUUCCCUUCGUCAGAACGUCAACGUCACUGGCACCAACGUCGCGGCCAACACGCAGCUUAUUCUUACUGCCAGAGCUGAUAUGAACCACCAAUGGAACAACAUGACGAAGGAUCUCACAUCACUGAAGGACGACGUAGCACAGACGUUACUGAAGAUCAACAGUACGGCGUCUGACGUGGAGUACAACCUUGGACGCCUAAGCGCGCAAUUCGGACUGAUAAAAGAAGACAGCGACCGAGCUGCUAAGGACACAGGGGCGUUUCGAAUCGAACUGGACGCUGUUCGAAAAACCAUCGAGAAGACGUCAUCAGAUGUAAAGACGAACUUUGAUGAUAUUGAGUCUGCUCGAUCGAACCUUGCAGUCCUUCGCCGGAACGUCAGUUCCAUUACACCCACUGUAUUAAAAACGUCUCGCAUUCUCAACAAUUUCAGAACGCGGUAUUCAAAACGCUGGAACGCCAUGUCAAAGGACAUCGAAACUAUCGAAUCCGAACUUGGGGAUCUGCACGCCACUGUGAACAAAACGCAAACAGCCAUUGGAGCCAGGGCCAAGGAAAUCAGCUCUCUUCAAACCAAUAUUUUGGGCCUUGAAUCCAGCGUACAUCAGUCAGCCUCGAACUUUAAGAACGUUCAGUCCGAAUUGUCCGACAUAGAGGGUCGAAUUAACACGACUGACAAUGACCUUCGAACCACCUCUUUGGAAGUUCUGGAUAUGGCAUCGAACAUCUCCGUCAUGGCCGUCAACCUGACGUCCGUAGCGUCAAACGUCAGCACCAACGCUCAUGGAAUAAAAACUUUAACAGAAAAAAUGCCGACCCCCAGACCGGAUGUAAAGUUCCAAGUUCGAAAUCUCCGUUAUCAGCUCCCGACGAUCGAACAAUCGAGCAGCACCACGCUGAAGUUCGACACAGUGGCCUACAACACCGGUAAAGGUUACGACACAACAACGGGGCGAUUCACAGCCCCCGUAGCCGGUACAUACCUGUUCUGGGCCAACGUCAUGAAGUAUGGCGAGGAGUCACGUUUUGACCUUCACCUUCACAAGCGCGGACCAAUCAUUGCAGGAGCUAUAGCCUUCACUUCGGCCAACAGUUGGUAUGACACUGCCGUUAUUAACUCAGUGACGGAACUCAAGGCUGGGGACGAGAUCUGGUUUGCUAUUCGCAGUACAACUCCAGAUGAAUUGCAUUUAUUGCUGAAUUCAGUAUACGGAGGGGUGUUAUUGUGGGCACGUUAAAGGGACACGGGUCUCGGGCAAAGUGGCAGCCCCAGCAGAAUUUUAUGGUGUAUAUACUGUUUAUCUAGGACCUGCUCCAACAUGUAUAUCGUGUAUAUACCCAAACAAAGGUAGUAGAAUCUGUACUUUACUAAGAAAGUGUAAUCUCAAAUAUAACAUAUGUUACAUUUGACAACUUUCUAAAUGGCAUUGUGUCUUCAUGUAUAC